AGCAAAUAAGACAGUUAUUCAGCCUAGAAAAUGAGCACAAUUGGUAAUACAUCAAGAUCUAAAUUUAUUUAUUAAUGCUAUUAAAAAUAAGCUUUUGGUCUAUAAAAAUGGAUUCAUCUGGUAGCAAGGGGAUCAAGAUUUAACUUCAUCUGUUAGUGCUAUUAAAACUGACUUUUUAGUGUAGAGGAUCAACGCAACUGUAAGUAAAUGAAACAAGAUCUAAGUGCAUCUGUGAGUGCUAUAAAAACUAUUUAAUCUAGAAGUCGGGUGCAACCGAUAGUAAGUGAAACAACCUAAAUUCACGUGUUAGUCCCAUCGAACAUAUCUUUCUAGACUAAAGAAUGAACACUGCUGGGAACAAGUGAAAGAAGGUCCGAGUUCGACUCCACGAAAAUUGAAGACUCGAUACCAGAUUAAGAAAAAGAAAUUGCACGAGAUAGAAAGGAUACAGUAAAUAAAAUACUUUCAAAAAGAUUCGAUGCCUGCGACAUGGUACCUGCUGUAAAUUAUUCCUGGCUCCUUGACGGUGUAAAUUCUAGACAUACACCUAGUAGUCGUGUAACGAGUAACAUGGCUCAACUUCAAAGAGAGUAGAUACAGAAAUGUUUGUGUUACCUUCAGCGGGGUAUCGAGUGUACUAUAAAAUCUGUAUGACAUAAAUUCUGAAAGGCUUGGAGCAACGGAAAUUAUUCAUAAACUCUUUGGAAUUUUAAAACAUUCCUUCACAAAUACUCCAAUUUUGUAACUUUAUUGUUAACUUCUUUUCAACACGUCAGAAUAAUACAUUACCACAUUGACUACCACGUGGAUUCAUAAAAUCUUUCCUGCGGAUUCAAUCGAUUCACUCAAAUCAAUUGAACCACUCCAUUUCGUUUUAAAUAAGCAUCCAGUGGUAGUCGAAGUGUUAAUUGUACAAGCGUAGAAUACCAUCUUCAGGAUUGCCAAAGACUAAACGCACGUCGAUUGAAACUGCUCAACUGGACAAUCAUGCUGGGGUUGCUCUUUCGAGGGGUGUUCCUCAUCGGCAUACUCACCUGGUACAGCACCAGCGUGUGGAAAUUGAUCGACAGCUACUUCAGGGACCAAUUCCGCAGCUACUUGGAGGAGGAGUACCGCAAGAAUCCACGGAUGAAGUCCGACGUGCACAGUGCCUCUGUCGGUAAAACCGAUCCCGUCGCAACUACCUUACCACCCGAGGCGACGGUAGAGCCGUCGCGGGACUUGGACGAACUCUCCGUGGCGAACGUCGACGCGGUCGUAGCUGCAGAAAACGAUCCAGCGAUCGCCGAACCGGAGAGGAAGGAGGAGAUGACAGGUGGCACUAGUGAAAACGAAGGGGAAACCACCGAUAAAAAUGCAUUCCUGGCAACCGUCGCGGAAUCGGAGCUGGAAAGUAGGAAGUCGAGCGACGGCGAACAAGAAUCUCGACGACCCGUUAAUCACGACGACCGUGACCUCGAACAAGAGAAGAGGAACGACGAACGUCCAUCGGUCUCUACGGUGUCUAAGAGGCCCAGGAAGAGGGCCAGGUACGAUAAGAGGGCCGGUUCUAGGGACAUGUCGCGGGACAAGCGUGCACCAAGAUCGAGAAAGGUGAGGACCAUCACGCUCACCGAGGAGGAUUUCGUCUCAGUCGCGAACAAUGACGUCUCGGACGAUGACUUCUGGGAAUUCGAGGAAGACGCGACCGAGAAGGAACGGUUGGAGGGAAUUUUGGUUUCGGAAUUGCCGUUCAAACCGAAGCUGGAUUUGGGGGACCUGAAGAGAGUCACCGCGGACGAGUACUGUCCCCUGACCUUGGAAGACGAAGCGACUUGCGGGGACACCUACACGUGGCCUUGAAGACUAUGAUUAGCCCUACGUGGCUAGGUAGGACGGAGUGCUGGAUUCUACCGAUCGUAUUUGACACUAGAAGCUUUAGUGUUUUAAUUUGAAACCACUAAACAUAUAAACUUGACCUUGAACUAACCCAUUUGUUCUAUGCUUAACAUCUUGAGGGAUACUGAUACUUACGUUUACUUUUGUACAAAAAUUAUCGUUAUUUACGACGACGAUGCCUUUUAGGGGUUUUCAGGUAAACAUUGCUUCGGUUUGAGUACAUUCGAUGAGAGCAAAUAAUUGAUUUAAUAAAAAAAUAUACCAUGACAUUAAAUGACGAUGAAUGACGCGGUUAUUCGAGUACUGUUUGAGUACAGAAAAAUUAAACAAGUUCCAGCCCUAAUAAAGGCUCUAUGAUCAGGCAGUACGAAGAGAGGGUUAACGAUCUUAGUCAAGUUGCAACAGUGUGUCCUUGAUCGAUCUCGUUGCACGAGUCCUGGCACUACCGUGCAGUAAUUUGUCUGGGUGACUAAGUCGCGUACAUUCCACUUUCCCUCUUUUUGAAUUUUACAACAGUUUCGAAGGUUGCUACUUGUGUUCUUACUCAACAAUGGUGGAACAUCGCCUUUUCACACUUUCGAGGUCGACCUUAACGCUCCUGAACGUCGGGAUCGAAAUCACCCUCAUUGAAUCGCAAAAAGGUAACUUUGCAUGCGUCACGUGACAUGGCGAUGUUGUUGAUGAACGAACAAAUCAUUUUUGAACAUCUAUCUAAACAAUUGUCCCUUUCUGAAAUUUAUAAAGAAUAUACUAACUAGACUGAGGAUAUUUAUGUAUUUAUGGUUAGUGAAAAUAUGGGAAAAUGUAUGAAGAUGUGCAUAAAUCCAAAAAUAUAUAAAAUAUUAAGAAUAGAACAUAUGCUACACUGUUUAAAAGAUAAGAUUUCAUUUAAAUCUCAAUUCUAUAUCUGAAUUGGCAUAAACCAGAAUUCGUAGUCUAGUAAUAACGAGCAUGCUUCUUAUUUGUAGCCAUCUUUUUGAUCAAUAUUGUAUGUUUAUAUUAGUUGCAUAGAAUAAUUAUACAUGUUGUUUUAAAUAAAACUAUAUUCGGAAGUUACAUUAAA